AUGGCCCCAUCUAAUAAUGAAAAUGACCCUAUUGACAUUAAAAAUGGUCUCAAUCUCGUGCUAGACAAAGUUCGGUCCACAGGAUCGUUUAUGACGAGUGCGAAUAUUGAUACCGCCGUCAAUCCUGGCCUCUACAUUCCAGAUGUGGGGAACAUAGGGCUUCCUAUAUCAACUGAGCAUGCGAAGGCAAUAAUCCAGUCCUGCCAUCCGAGCCCCUACGGAAAGGGCACUGAAACCCUGGUAGACGAAUCAGUACGGAAAAGUUGGCAACUUGACGCAAGCCAGUUUGCUCUCCAGAACCCCAGAUGGCAACUGCAGGUUGAAUUGUUCGUGGACAAAGCUGUAACUGGUCUUGGCCUUACGGCAAAUGGGCGGGAGGUCAAGGCCAAGCUAUACAAAUUACUUAUCUACGAGGAGGGCGCAUUCUUUCUACCCCACCGAGAUUCUGAAAAGGCCGAUGGCAUGUUCGGCACACUCGCUGUGUGUUUCCCGUCAAAACACGAAGGGGGGGAUGUGAUCGUCUCUCAUAGUCGGGAUCAGCUCAAGUUUCAAACAGCGCCAACCUCCGAAUUUGGGAUUUCAUGGGCUGCUUGGUAUGCAGAUGUCACUCACGAGGUGAAGCCUGUUACAUCCGGAUAUAGGGUUGUCCUAAUUUACAACUUAAUACAUCGCCCGUCAACCGCUCUGUUGGAAUCUCGUGGCAGUAGCACCGAGAACAUUACUCGUCUGCUUGAUCCUUGGGCCCGUGCCGCUGGAGUAGACCCCAUACCAUAUUUAGAUGGUUGGAAUAAUCGCAUCCAUGACACUUGCCCGCCAGCCCUUAUUUAUGUGCUUGGACACCAGUAUACCAAUGCGGCGCUUAACUUUUCUCGACUGAAAGGGGUUGACCAGUGUCGUUUUGCAGAACUCCGGGGUGCAUGCCAAAGGGCCGGUUUCGAUAUCUUCCUAGCCAACAUUGAGAAAAAGGAAAUGGGUGCAGUUGAGGAUGAUGGGUCCUUCUACGGCGGCUCCUAUGGUCGGGGAGGUAAUGGCACUCAUCGUAUUGACUAUCUAAUUGAAUCUAGCCUUACGUUGUCGCAUGUGGUUGACUCAGGAGGCAUUGCUGUCGGAAGGGAUAUACCGUUCCCUAAGGACAUGCUAAUCCAAACGAGUGUUUUCGAUCGCGAUCCCGAUAAGGAAGACUUUCAAGGCUUCACGGGCAAUGAGGGUGCUUCGGCAACCCACUUUUACCACGAGACGGUAAGUUUCUAUGUUGUUCAUAGUGACCCAUACGCACUCUGCUAG